AUGUUAGAUUCAUGCAACAACGCGGAUAGUGGCCUUGAACAUGGAGUAGAAUCGCAGUUGAGAGUGUCAUUUGCUGUUGAUCCGGAUGACUCUACGGUUUACGAUAAUGACGAAUCUGACGCUAGUUCUAUCGCCAAUUCAUUGAAUGAUCUCUCCAUCUGCAACGAUACUCCCGAAGAGAGAGCUGAGCAGCAGUCAGCAGAGGAUCUCCGCAGUGUUCUUGCUCCAACAUGUACGACUGACUCUGUUUUCGUCGAGGAACCACUGCAAGCUGUUUCUUUUGCUAAAGAUGCAGAAGCAAUUCAUGAUUCUACUGCGAUUCAAGCGCCCAGUCACAGUGUUGAAGAACAUAAAAUGCACAUACUAAAAAAAUUUACUUGGGAGGGGCCACCUCCCCCACCUCUAGAUGCUGACCAAACUGCACAACUCAUGAUGCUGUCCCGAAACGAAUGCCCAUUCUGCAAGACCGCACACGGUUCUAGAGGACUGCGCGUUCCCGCGUUUGCAGACGAUGAGAUAAAGGAGGAGUGUAUGAUUGCACACCUUGUACGAUUUCAUCACGAAGAUAGAAGAGCUACUUGGGUUCUUAAUGCUAAGAGGUAGAA